UGCACUAAUUACUCCUUUUUAACUUGUUCAUAUAGGUCGGGGAUUCAGAAUAAAAAUGAAGAGCCAUUUAAUCAAUUUAUAUAUAUAAUUUCUGGUAACAUGGGGUUGCACUAUAUAAAUAGCUUCCAUGGCCUUUCCUCUGUUCAAAUGAAAGGUUGGUGACAAAAUGGAUGUAACCAUCACAAAUUCAGUACUUGUUCAGCCUGCACACGAUACUCCAAGUGAGGCGAUAUGGCUGUCAAAUGUUGAUUUAAUUUUCAGUAAAUUCUACGUACGAACCACAUACAUUUAUGGAUCAAUUGAAGAGCCCGAUAUAUGUGUGUGGCAGAGAUUGAGAGAGGCGCUUCCCAAGGUGUUAGUAUAUUUCUAUCCUUUGGCGGGCAGAUUAAUUAAUGACAGCAGCAGAGAAUUUGCCAUCGACUGCAACAGCGAGGGCGUAUUGUUUGUGGAAGCAGUCACCGAUUCGGAUAUUGAGGACUUGAGAGAUUUUUCUUCAAUUUCACAGCUGUCAUCUUUAGCACCCACUAUGGACUAUACCCAGAGCAUCACAUCACUCCCACUGCUGCUUCUUCAGGUGACAAAGUUCAAAUGUGGAGGGGUGGCAUUAGGAGUGACAAUAAGUCAUAUGGUAGCAGAUGGGAUGUCUUCUUUACAUUUUGUUAAUACAUGGUGUGACAUGGCUCAUGGGUUAGAUAUGAUGGUACCUCCAUAUGUUGACCGUACUUUGCUUCAAGCACGAAAUCCUCCUCAACCAUUCUUUCCUCAUCCACUGUGUCUACCUUUUCCAAAACUUCUCCACAAAGAGGGACAAGAGGAGGGGAAUUUUCCUAUUUCUUUCAAGCGGUUUAGGCUUUCUAAAGAACAAUUAAAUUGCCUGAAAGAAAAGGCUAAGGAUGAUUCAAGUAAGGAGGCUUUCACAAGUUUCAUAGCAUUGACAGCCCAUAUUUGGAAAUGUGUUUGCAUUUCUGGAAAUCUCCUUAAACAACAAGAAACCAAAUUAUACAUUCCUAUGAAUGGGCGAGAGCGAAUUCGUCCCGUGUUACCUUGUGGAUAUUUUGGUAAUGCUAUAUUCCAUGCUUCUCCAAUUGAUAUGUCAGAAAAUAUAGUGUCACAACCAAUCUCAUAUAUUGCUACAAAAAUAGCAGAAGAGGUUAACAAGAUAGAUGACCAUUAUAUUCGCUCUCAAAUAGAUUACUUGGAAUUAAAUCCUAAUUUGAAGAUUGAAGUAAGUAGGCAAGGAAAGCUAUAUCCAAGCAUGGUCAUAAAUAAUUGGGCUCAUCUACCUAUAUAUGCAACAAAUUUUGGUUGGGGAAAGCCUUUGUUCAUGGGACUGACAUUAAAUGCACCAGAAGGGUAUUGUUGCAUUAAGCCCAAUUCUGAAAACGAUGGAAGCCUAAUAAUUGAGAUAACCUUACGAAGUGAUCGUAUGGAUCGAUUUGGAAAAUUACUUUACGAAUUUUAGAAGUUUGCAAUCUCAAGAUUUUAUUUACACAGUACAUUGUUAUUGCCACUAGUUUUGGAAUGUAUCAGGACAAUUGGGCGGAGAGUUCAUAUUUGUAUGCAUCAGUACUGUUUUCAUAUUCUACUUGAUUUAUUAUUAUAUAAAUAAAUGAAUUGAUAUGUUUUUGCUAA